GCAGCAUCUUCAUCCUGAAUCGCCCAUUGGACCUUCCCGCAGCCUAGUAAUCGCCGAUAGAUCGCGCAGCCUGCUUCUCCUCAUCUCCGGAUGUACGGUAUAAUUUGCUAGAUUUAGUGGAUCUUUUUCUUCGAUAAUACACGGACAGGAGGGAGAGGAGCGGCGACGGAGGAAAAUUGGCGAUUCUUCAGGAGACACAGAGCAGAGACGGAAGGACGGUCGGCGAUCAUUCUUCUUCGGCGAACACACAGACAUCGAGCGAGGAAAGCAGACCAACUGAGACGAGUAGGAGCAGAGGAAUCGCCGAUUCUGUUCUCGACGAGGAUACGUAGUGCAGCGGGGGAGGAAGGAGAUCAGGCCAGUCUCAGGCGAACAGCAGGCUGCGAACGGCAUUUUCCAGCAACUCUCAGGCCACGCAAGGGACUCAAAUUGCUUCGUAAGUUUGUUUCAUAUUGGAGCCUGAUCGAACAUUGGAAAAAGGAGUCUAGGCAUCAUUUGCAUCUGGAGCUUUCUAUGGUACCAUUGCCACAACAUUGACUAAUCCAAUGGAUGUUCUAAAGAGCUCAAUUGUUGCAGCUGCCUACACAAGGAGAUCUCAGGGCGAAGCUGCAAAGAACCCCAACCGAAAAUCAUGGAAACAAAGAACAGAUAUGUAUAUGAGACCAUUUUUGUUGGAUGUUUUCUUUUCAAGGAGGUAUAUCGAGGCGAAAGUGGUGCACCGACCAACCAGCAAGGUCAUCUCAGUGGCUACAACAAAUGCCAAGGACCUCAGGACUACACUGCCAUCACUUUUUGACAAUAACGCAGCCAGGGUUAUAGGGAAGUUGAUUGCUGAGAGGUCAAAGGAUGCUGAUGUAUUUGCAAUGGCGUACGUGCUUAGGAAGAAUGAAAGGAUAGAAGGCAGGCUGGGAAUUAUCCUUGAUACUAUUGCAGAUAACGGUAUUAUCAUUUUAUAGUCUCCAACUUUAAGGGCGUGUUUGGUUGGAGGGGAGGAGUAAUGCACUUCUUCCCCUCGUUUGGUUCAAAAAAAAAAUUGGAGGGGACAAAAGGCAAACGUUUUCCCUUCUCUCCCUGACAACAAACCAAACAGGGAGGAGAUGGAGCAAUAUACUGGGCUGUUUUUGUUGCCGUUGCUUCGAACAAACCGGACAUGGAAACAUAUAAAACCCAAUCCUCUCGCCGAACCAAACACACCCUAGAGAUUUUGAUGGAAAUAAAUAAUCAAGACUCUGUCUUCCAUGUUUUUUUAGUACUUUUUGUUAAGCCCACUUCCAUAGAAGAUUGUCGAUAGUGCUAAGUGACUCCCCUUUUACGUACGUGUAUUUUUUUAACCCAUUUCAAGGUAGUAUUUGUUUGUACAUUCUCAACAUAUUGAAACUCGUAGAGUUACUACAUGCACCGGAGAUCCAACAAAUGACCAAAGCCAUA